AUGCCUCGUCUGCAAGUAAGGGCGGGGCCGUCCAAGUCGGACUCUUUCUGCUGUUUAUCACCGAGAAAUGGAAGGGAAACAAGGCAAAGUCGCUUCAGUGAAAACUGUGGAAAAUUGUCCACACCGUCACUGGCCAGCCGACAGUCUGCACUCCGGAGCGGUCACACCACGGACCCUCUGGAGUUGGAAGAACGGUAUGGUAGUGGCAAAGAGCUGCUGCGCGGCUGCCGAAUCGUACCUCCUCACUUGAAUGAAGGUCACUCUUCGAACACAAUCGCGAAGCUACGAGAACGACAGAGACCUGCCCGGCCGUUUCAUCACUCGCCACCGCCGUCGGCAGCGAAGGGUCUCGGUAGCCAGAUGAAGUCGCAGUGCGACACAACCAGUAUCACAUGGGGAAACUCGGUGCCAUGGACCACCUUCAGUGCCAUCCAUAGAAGAAGAAAACGAGGCGACUAUGGUGCGUCAGGGGGGCCACAUUUAGCACAAGCAGAAGACUCAGUUGCUGCAGUAAUCUCUUCGAAAGCACCUGGUUUGGGAGAUGCUCACCCUCAGCUGUCUCAUGGCGGAAUGGGAAACAGCCUGCCGGGCAGAACAGGUUUAUCUUCUUUCCAAGAAAAGCAAGAAGAUGUCAUAGUGACAGAAGAGGACAACCUAACUAAAAGAGGGGUCCUUUGUCAUGGCAACGAUACUCGAAUGCCUCAACCCGUGAGCAUAGAAGUAACAGGACGUUUGACACCGUGCAGUCAGAGCUCGUCUCUGGCAACGCUGACUUCGUCUUUACCGCGUCGGGGGUCCGCCAUUAGUCGGCCCUCCCCGGAUUCGAAAAAGACCCUUUCGGGGGCUCAAAGGAGUGACGAGUGCUCGGAGUUGAAGCCGGGAGUGGACAAAGCAACUACGCUGAGCAUAGACACGUGGCUCGAGCCGUUUCGCAAGCGUAUCAACAUCCUUAGUGAUCUUUGCAGAGACAUGGUGCACGAUAUCGAGCUCACGAUAUCCCGUCACCGCCUCGCUCGAGGGCCUGUCCAUAACGUCAUGGAAGAGGGAAAUCAGCGUGCGUCAGUAAAUAGUCCAACAUCUACAACUAUAUCUUUCGGAGGUUUUUCCCACACGACCCAACCCCGAAUACACGAACUCGCGAUUCGACGAAAAAGUGUCCUCCCAACAACAACGGCAGCGGGGGACAGUACAUACUUUCCUGGAUUUGAGCCGAACAAAUGGCGUCAUGCUUCUUCCCCACCGAGGGAUAGGGAAAGACAUCUCAGGGCGGGGCCAGGCUACGGAGCAACAGGAGAAGCACACCCAGGUCAUUCUCAGCCUUCGUCAUCUGGUGGUCCCAGUUUCGUGACAGCACUCGAGUCAACGUCCCGGGGUUCAGCCUCUUCCACUCAUGGCAGCACAUCCGCUCUACGGGCUGGUCUGGGAGAUGAGGAGCAUGCAAGAGUCGAUAUCUUCACGAAGCAUCUUGCUGAAUUAGCAAGAAUUCUUCGAAUUACCAAUCCUGAUGCCGUAAAACGCAAGCUCUUUGUCGCAGAAAACUGCCCCUUUCUGAUCCCUCCCAAUGAAGCGGACGACUUCUUUGCUUUUUCAAUCAUUCUCUACAGUCUAACGCUGCCUCAGAACUACCGGUGGAACCAAGGAGUUUAUAAACUUUCGGCGGCUGUGAGCUCCAGAACAGCUUAUUGA